UUUGUAUAGGAGUCAAAUGUACACUAAAGUAUUCUUGACGAGAUCCCACUUGCGGUUUUGGUAUCCGAUGCGCCCUACUGGCUUUUACUUAUGGUGUUUGACCAGUCGCCAUGACAGUAGCUGCAACAAUUUGUCCAAGAAAAACAGCUUGAAUAUUUAUUAUGCAUAAAAGAACGAAGAGUCAAUCAAACUUAACCAUGGAUAGUGGUAUGCAGGGAAGGCUUAGAUUGGACACAUUAUCUCCAUUCAGCCCUGAAUAUCGGAUUUUGGGGAAGAAGGGAGAAGGCACAUUUUCCGAAGUGCUGAAAUGCCAGCAUGUGAAAGAUGGCACCUAUUAUGCAUGCAAGAAAAUGAAACAACAUUACGAUGGGGUUGAUCAAGUAAACAACUUGAGGGAAAUCCAAGCAAUGCGUCGUCUUAACCCUCAUGCAAACAUUAUUGGACUCCAUGAAAUUAUUUAUGACAAGAAAACUGGAACAGUUGCUCUUAUAUGCGAGCUAAUGGAUAUGAACAUAUAUGAAUUAAUAAGAGGACGUCGUCAUUAUGUGCCUGAACCAAAAGUUAAAAGCUUCAUGUAUCAGCUGCUCAAGUCAUUGGAUCAUAUGCACAGAUGUGGAAUCUUUCACCGAGACGUAAAACCGGAAAACAUUCUAAUUAAGGAUGAUGUUUUAAAACUGGCUGACUUCGGAUCGUGUAGAAGUGUCUACAGCAAGCAGCCAUACACAGAAUACAUCAGUACGAGGUGGUACCGAGCCCCUGAGUGCUUGCUCACUGAUGGGUAUUACACGUACCGUAUGGACCUAUGGAGUGUAGGGUGUGUGCUGUUCGAAGUUAUGAGCUUACACCCUUUAUUCCCUGGUGCGAAUGAGGUUGACCAGAUAUCUAAGAUACAUGAUGUACUUGGCACCCCUGAUGCUUCUAUCCUGAAUAAAAUGAAACAUCGAAAUCGAGGAAUCAACUUUGACUUUCCUCAAAAGAAAGGAACAGGAAUUGAAAAACUACUUCCCCACGCCUCACAACAAUGUAUUGAACUUAUAUACAAGAUGUGUACGUAUGACCCUGAUGAAAGGAUAACUGCAAAGCAAGCAUUACGACACCCCUACUUUAGAGAUAUACGGGAGGCAGAAAAGCGAGCACAAGAAGCUCAACAAAUGUCACGAUAUAACGAAGCUGGUUCAGUUAAAGGAGGACCUGGGUCUAAUGCUGGUGAUGUUCCUGUCUGGAAACAAAACCAAAUACAAAAGAAAAGGAGGCGGCAACGUCGUCUGGUCGAGCAACACCAGACGCACCAUCAAACAUUAGGCGGCAUUGGAGUACACGGUAACUCAACCACCAACGCUCAAGGUGCCCUGCCCCAACUCGUGCCAGUAAACGGGACCGCCCUCCACGGAAAUUCGACAUUCGGCGGGAAUUCAAAGCCCGUUUUCCCGUCAACUACUCUCCCGAAGGUCCAUCUUCCGCACCACCAUCAGCCUACGACUAACAGUUUGCUACCAGGAAUCCUGAAGGCGAAUAUGAUGCAGCCAAAAGCCUUACACAAGCCGAAAAUAAAGCCCUCGGAGCCAACCAAGUCGAUGUACGGACAUUAUCAACUGCCGUCUAUAAACCGUCACAUUUACCACCACUAGCGGCGCUAAGUGGUCAUUAAGAACUUUCGCAGCGUUUUUCCUUUCCUUUCGCCGACGAAUACGUCACGAAUGACGUCACGAUUUGCACACACCCACACAUGACGUCAGAGCCCCUCACGCACUGUGUCUUCUUUCCUCCCCGCGCGGGUUAGUCACGCCCGAGCGGUUUUAUUACGUCAUUCGACGCAUGGCUGCACCCGGCCAAACAAGGCCCUGGAAAAAAAUGUUUUCUUCGGGACCGGAAGCCCCGACUUCCCGCCGCCGAAAGCCGAACUGCGUCGAGCGAAAUCUCACAUACAUCACUGUGCAAGUUAAACGUGUCUUUCUUUUAGUUAUCACACUAUUUCCUUGUGUCCCACAGAGUUCCAGGCCAUUUUCGCGGCCUAUAACGCUAUCAGUCCCUGAAAAAACGCCCUAAACAAAAUAUCAACCCCUGACGCCUGUGGCCUCGUAUGCGGUUCCAGUCUGUUAUUAAACCAGCAACAGAAAUCCACUUAAUCCAUAUUAAUGCGUUCCAAGUGCCGAUAAGUGCGUUGCCGGGCCUUUGCGUUCACAUCUGCUUCUGUAACGUCAACGCCGGAAGCAGCGAAGCAUCGGCGACCAGUAUGAUAAUAUAGAGCCAAUUAAAACAAGUACACUCGUUGUCCUAUCUUGUCCUUUCCUCUAACCCAUUACGCUCGCUAUAUGGUAACAUCGGCAAGGGCUAUUCUAAGUGUCAUAAUCAGAUUGAUUAAUCCAAUUGAGUGUGUACAGAACACGCUAUUCCAGGCUGCGAAUCAAACGGUAAACAACACGUACCCAUAGAGCCAAUAUAAAACGUGCUAUUCACACUGUACAAGGAUUUAAAUUUCUGCGCGAAAGUUCCACAAAAAAGAGUAAUUUAAAGACGUAUUCGAACAAAGGUUAAUAAAAUACAUAGUAAGCAUUUCACAAAAGAUAUAUAGUAGGGUAGGGGGUGAUGGGACACAUUUUUAUUCUAUUUCUCGUCCGUUUUGGUAGUAAACAAAGAACAUUCGAAAAAUGAUACAACCGUAUCCUUACAACUCCAAUAGACGGUUGAUUGUUUAAAACCCGAUAAGAAUAUUUGUAUAUUAUGUCCUAAUGUGUCCCAUCUUCCCCCACCCUACUAAAAUCGUUUUUCUACCUAUUCUAUAUGGGUGAGGUCAAUUGAUUUUGAUACACUGUAGCAAAACAUACACAAACAUUCCAACGACUUGGAACCGCGUUCCAUCGUACUCUGCCCGACAUGUAACACGCCCUUUCUAUUUGCCUUGCUUAAAACAACCAACUCCGGCGCUUUCUCCGUCGCUAAGCAACCGCGCGUGUUAUAAUCGAGGAUUAUGACGUCGUAACGGAAGAUCGAUCGAGUAGGAGCAGACUUCGUUUCACGAUUUUACCAUUUUGAUACUUGGUCUUCGCAAAACCAACAUAAAACCCGGCAGACGAAGGACCGUCACGUAUAGGCAAAAAAUCUGUAUUCAAACCAGCACUUUAGGCCUGACCGCGCUGUCAGGCGUAUUCCAUUAAUCCAAAAGCAUAACUCGCAAGUUGCCGAGUUAUUGUAUGUUCUGAUACCGUCCGCUUCGAAUAACGUUUACCUUUCAAUUAGCCGUGUUUUCCAUAAACCAAAUUUCCGCAUAAAGCACGACGAACAAACGGGUACUGUUACUUAGCGUUAUAAAAUUUUAUAUAUUGAUGUUAUAGUCACUUUUUUGUGACUUUUUCCUUUCUAUAGUAAACAUUCUGACCAGUUUUGUGUCAUUUUUAACUGAGACAAUCUUUUCCACACCUUUUUGUCAGAUUCCUUUUUUCGUUGUUUUUAUUUUGCCCGUAGUCAAACGCUUUUACUAUCGUUGUUACUGUUAAUACGGUUAUCGCUGAGAAAAACGUAUAAAAUGUUCCAAGCGUUUUAAAA